AUGAGAAUUUCCAGCCUGAUUAUCGUUUUUUGUGUUGCUGGAUUUACAACAUCUGUGGAAGCGAGAAGAUCAUCAAUUGAAAAUGAAUUGAAUGGAAUUCCACUAAAACCAUUAGACCAAAAAAUCAAGGUAUGUAUCGAUAAGAUUCCAGUUCCUAAAAAAAACUCUAUAAAAAUCCUGGAAUGCAUACAUGGAAUUCUAGCAACUGAGGAGAAAGAGGUCAAAAUCCAAGAAGGCAUGGAUAAGAUUCUUACUUCCAAAGAAAACUAUAUAAAAAUCAAGGAAUACAUUCCUGAGAUUCCAGGAUCAAAGAAACAAGAGAGAAAAAAACAGCAAUGCAAUGAUUCAAUUCCAACAUUUGAAAAGCGAGAGAAAGAUAUCCAGGAAUGCAUUCGUGGGAUUCCAAAUUCUGAGGAACAAGAUAGACUGAUCCAGGAAUAUAUUCUACGGAUUCCACCAUCUGCUGAACAAACAAGACAAAUCCAGGAAUGUGAGCACGCAAUUCGAACAUCUCCGGAACAAGAGAGACAAGUUAAGGAAUGCGAGCAUGCCAACCUAUCAGUUGAGGAACUGCGGCAAGAAACUCGUGAGCUUAUACCUAUUGAAGGAAAUUCCAACAUCCGACAAAAGAAGAAAAAAAUCCAGACAUUCCAGACGUGCAUUGCUGGGAUUUUAGCCUCUGAUGAGGAAACAAAUUCAAGAGUUAAUAUCUCUGAAGUAUUUUCCAAUUAUUCAUUUUUAAAUCUCACAUCUGUCGCACAAUUUCGCAUUUCUGAGUAUGUCAAACGGCUUAAUUUUUCACACAAUUACUUGAAGGCUAUAACAAAGUUGAACUUUAGGAGAUGUUGCUCUCUUGAAAUUCUGGACCUUUCUUACAACUUGAUCAAUAAUAUUGAACGUGGUGCUUUCCAGGAUCUUCUCAAUCUUACAUUUUUAGACCUCUCUUUCAACAGAAAAUUACAAACCUUUCCUGAGUUGCCACCUGCUUUAAAGGUACUGAAGAUCCACGGGACUUCAAUAACAUCUAUUCAGGGUCAAAUGUUGAAGGAUCUGACUGGCUUGUCCCUUACAGAUACAGCUUUAGUAAACAUUGGAGGUACAGAGAAACUUAAGCAUCUUCACAUACACAUAGACAGUCAGGAUAAACCCAAAUUUAAUGGAAGAGGCCUUUAUACAUCCAAAUCAGCUAGGAAUUUAAUACAUCCUGGACAUUUAAAUAGUCUUAAAAUUUCUCAAGAGUAUACAUCUGAUAAGCUAUUUUCUCCCAAGGUUUUGUCUACUUUAAGUAGACUUAUUCUAUUGCCAGUGGAUAAUUUGCAUCUGGAAGGUGUAUAUCACUGGAUGGACAUUAUAAGACUUUUGAGGGAAAUUCCCUGUUCUUCAUUUUCAAAUAUUACUCUUUCUGGAGUUUUUAGAUGGUUUCCAAACUGUAAUUGUGAUGGAUGCAAACUUGACUAUAAACUCUGUUCGAAUGUUUCAGACGGACACAAGAAUGUUUCAAACCAGGCUAUAAGUAUUCGACUUAGAGAACAGCCAGAGGAUGCGUAUCCUGAUGAAGGCAAUAUAAUGAACUCUUUAUUCUUGCUACAUCUUAGUACUGUGCUUACAAAGUAUAAUCAUGACCUAAUCAGAUUAAGCUGGGGUACAAAAUUUAUUGAUAUGUGCUCUUCUGUUGAAAAUUCAGUACUUGAUUUAUCCAGUGGUAAAAUAAGUAAUUACAGCUCAUGGAAUCAGGAACUACCCCUGCCCAAAUGCCGAUCACUGGAUGCUGUAACUGAUUUUAAAAUCUUUAAUAAUAACCUGAAAAUUGAUUUACUCUCUCUUAUGUCUAUUGUAAAUGUAAUGGAAAACAUAAGCAGAAUGGAUGCCAGCCAUAAUCGCAUAUAUUUAAGUGAAGGGAAUCACAAUAUUAUAUGCGGAUUUAAAUCAAACAAGCUUUUGUUUUUAAACAUUAGUAACAAUCCAUUUAACACCUUGGAUAAGUUAUGUGUUCCGUCUUCAUUGGAGGUGCUUGAUCUGUCAUUCACAAAUAUUUCAAAAAUUUUCAAAGAAGUAUUUAAAUUCCUACCCAAUUUAGAAACACUAUAUUUGCGAGGAAACCAUUUCAUAUUUCAAUUAAAAGAAUGUGUUGGGUUUUCUGACAUUUAUUGUGCAUUCCCUUCUUGUUCUCAAGUAACAGUUGACUCCACAAUUUCAAUUACUAUGAGGUCAUAUGUUAAUACAACAAAAAAUCCAAUAAUAAGCCUGCCAAAGAAAAUUAAGCAUUUAGAUAUGAGAAACUCUUCAAUUGUAGAUCUUCCUAAAUUCUUUGUUCAUGACCUUCCACACCUUCAAAACAUGAAGCUAAGUGACAAUGACAUUCCCAGUUUGCCUUGUUUUUCAUCUCCUUUAUCUUAUCUAGAUAUAAAUAACAAUCAGCUACAAAGCCUUCCAACAUGUUUGAAGAACCUGUUCAAUUUAACAGUGUUAAGAAUUCAGAACAACAAUAUGGACUAUAUUGAUGUUAAAAGCCUUCCUUUAACAUUAGAGCAGAUUGAUUUAAGUGGGAACAAAAUAGCAAAACUGCCUUCUGAUUUUGGAGAAAACAUGACAGAGCUGAUAUCCCUGAACAUUUCAAGAAAUCUAAUAAUUAAAUUGGAUCAUAAGAAUUUACCACGCAGAAUUGUGGAACUAGAUGCCAGCUACAAUAUGAUCUCCGUUCUUUCCGAAGACUUUGAACAGCUUUCAGAACUGGAAUCUCUGUUUCUGUCAUUUAAUAAGAUCUCCUACUUGCAGCCGGGAUGCCUGCCCCCUUCAUUAUUGACUCUGGACAUCAGCCACAAUGCUAUCACAACAAUAACCGAAGAAACAUUCAGCCAUUUAAUUCAUUUAGAAUUUCUGAACAUUGAAGGAAACUCCUUCUUUUGUAACUGUGACUUAUUCUGGUUUGCAAACAAUUUUGUUAAUCGCCCGCUGUUAGAAGUAAAAGGCUGGGACAAGAUCCUAUGUUCUUUCCCACAACAGAAAAGAGGACAGCAAGUUAAGGACCAUGGCCUUUCACUGUUGCAUUGCACACCUGUACUCCAAGUGGCAAUUGCAAUGGCUGGUGCAGUCAUUUUGACAUUACUGAUCACAGGUCUGUGCUGGCAUUACGAUGGCCCAUGGUAUGUUAAAAUGGGCUGGUACUGGUGCAUGGCGAAAAGGAGGGUCUAUGAGAAGCGGCCAGAGAAUAAACAGUAUGAUGCUUUUGUGUCAUACAGUGAAGAGGAUGCUGACUGGGUGAAAGCAUGUAUGGUUCGACAACUUGAAUCGGAAGGAUUUCAAAUAUGCUAUCAUGAGCGAGACUUCAAGCCAGGUCACCCAAUACUGGGGAACAUCUUUAACUGUAUUGAGAAUAGCCAUAAAGUCAUUUUUGUUCUCUCAACUAGUUUUGUUACUAGUUGCUGGUGUCAAUAUGAGCUGUACUUUGCUGAACAUCGAAUACUGAAUGCGAAUGAAGACUCACUAAUUAUGGUUGUGUUGGAGGAACUCCCUCCUCACACAGUGCCUCUGAAAUUUAGCAAACUGCGGAAGCUCUUAAACAGGAAGACAUACUUAAAAUGGAGCCCAGAAGAGCACAAACAGACAAUAUUCUGGCACCAGCUCACUACCGUUUUGAAAACUACAAACAAACCUAUUGUUUAAAGAACUGUGUGUGAAUUGCCCCCCAACCUCUGGCUCUAUCCCUCCACCUCACACCUUCCCUAUCUAUCUUCAAAUCCCACUUUAAAACCCAUCUCUUUGAUCGCACCUAUGGUUACCUUCUCCCC